AUGAAUAAAAAGGUUCAGCAACCUCGCACGGACCACGCUGCUAUUCUUGCUCGUGAUGCAAUACGCAAUCUUUUGGGAUCACGUGUUUCUUGCACGCUUUCGGAUGGACGGCAAACGGUAGGAGUCUUGGUCUGUGUCGACCGACUGAAAAACAUGGUUCUGACGGAUUGCUGGGAAACACGUACGAUUGUUUCGACAGAUUACAACCCGGACAAAACGAACGUAGUUAAAACUCUGGCAAAGCGACAUUUGCAACAAGCCAUGGUCCCUGGCGCAAAUUUGGUCAAGGUAGAAGUUGAAAACCUUAUUUACGAACAAAAAAUCGCCCCGAUUCUGAAGAAGUGA